UUCCAUUGUUCUCUGAAUUCAUCACCAACAUUCACAGAGGGAAGGUUUCGUUAUAGUUUUUGGAACAAUGGGUUCAGAAUCCUUAACCGUUUGCGUUACGGGGGCUUCUGGUUUCAUCGGAUCAUGGCUUGUAAUGAGACUCAUCCAGCGUGGCUAUACGGUUCGAGCCACUGUUCUUGACCCAGAUAACAUGAAGGAGGUGAAGCACUUGCUAGAAAUACCAGGUGCAAAGAGCAAGCUGUCACUGUGGAAGGCUAACCUAGCAGAAGAGGGAAGCUUUGAUGAAGCCAUUAAAGGCUGCACUGGAGUUUUCCACUUGGCCACACCCAUUGACUUUGAGUCCAAAGAUCCU